GAUAGACUGGAACUCCCCUACUCCCUUCAAUAAUCGACAUGCCAACCCAGACCUUGGUCUGGACUCUCGACCGCUCGGCUCCGCCUGCCAGAUAUUCAACAGCCAACACCAGCAACGUAUUGCCGUUGCGUAAUGUCCCGAAUGUCCCGCACUGCUGGCGAGUGGCCAUCCGUCAUCUUGCCUUCUCUCCCGAAACACCGGCUUUCUUGAAACAUGUCAGUCACGAGUCCGUACGACAAACAUGUCUAUCCAUACAUACAGAUCAGUACGAACUACAAAGUACCUACACACUCACGCCAACUCUCUUUUGUCAUCUGGCUCUUCGAGCUUCCCCGCCGUCGUCAUCCGCCGCAUAUGUUUUUCCUGCUUCAUCAGCAUCGCAACGUUUGAGCCGCCCUUGCACUCGGCUCCAUCACCCUUCAGGCAUCUGCCCAUCUUCUGCAUCGGGCACUCAGGCUCGUUUUCGGCACUGGGAGAGACUUGAGUCUUCGGGCUGGCCAAUGACACUUACACUGCUCGACUGCUGAGUCGUCCUCUACAUAACCAAAUCGUCUCCGGUUCUCCUGCGGAUAUGCUUCCUCCACCACAUCCAUACAUGCAUGGCACGGGUGCCGUAGCGCUGUGGGCCACUCUCACACACCCCAGAUUCCUAACGCCACGACCCAAGGCCUUAAUUAAUCUCGGAGCCAGGGGUCUUUGCUUGGUUUGCUCCAAUCAUACCCCUGCUUUCCUGGUUUCUUUGGUCCUCGUCCCUCUUUGAGAUCCUCGAGUCCCAGACAUUUGAUACCUCCACUCCAAAAUCAGCACUUCGACUCCCAAGACCAGGGCCAGGGACGGGAAAGUGGCCCAGGCGGUGCUCUGAGUCUGGGCCAGCCAGGAUCGAAUGCCCGUCAUGUCAACAGAGAGAAAAAGAGAACUGUGGGCACUUGGAAUGGGAUCCAUCCGAAACUGGGAUCCUCGCCAGUCACGAUUGUCCAGCAAAUGCUA